CCACCGCGGAACGUCACAUCAACAAAACGAGCGGAGCAAGGGAUGUGAAAUGUGGGAAUCAUCGGAAGCACUCGAGCUAGGAACAAUCCAUUCUGCAAUAGUAGAAUAGACACACCACAAACAAUCCAUUCUCUCCAUCCCGGGAGAUCCAACUCCUACCACAAAGGACCCAUUCUACAUUCUUUCGGUGCGGAUUAUGGCGAGAAUUUCGUUUGCGUAGACAAUGUGGUUUUUUCAAGAAGGCCCAGACGCUGCRAAGCACAAAACAUGGGUCCACCCGGUCGCUACCUUUCUGUUUCACUACGCCGUUGUGGGCACCUCGGUGCCCUUUCUCCACGACGCCCUGGUCGGUGCGGUGUACGGCCCCGGAGGUCUCCGCUGCACGGUGCCRCCGGAAACAGAGGAACKSCGGAAGCGCGUGGCWAUGGUUCUGGCGGCCUACUUUGCCCUGUAUUUUUGCGUCCGCCUGGYCCUGCGGCGGAAGGAAAAGGCGUAUCGUUUCUACUCGGAAUUCUACGGGAUCACGUUUACGUGCUCGGUGACGAUCCCGAUGUCCGCCCUGGGGUUUUAYACCAACCGGCCGCUGGUCGCGCAGGCCUUUUGUCUGGCAGCGGGGAUCGACCAGCUUUUGUGGUGAGUGUGUGGCACGGGUUGGGUGUUUGUUUUCCGGCGUUUCCUUCCGGCGACGGUUGUUUCCUUUCGCAGCCACGGGUGAUUCUGUUGGUUUCCUUUGUCUGCUGUCGGUGUUCUGGCGUGUUGGUUCCUUUUUGCGUCCCCGUUGCCAAAUGAUUCUCAUUUGUUGUCGACUCGUUGCCUCUUGAUUGGUCGUGUCGACCCAUUGGUUGCCCGUGCUGUCGUGAAUUCUUUGCUCCGUGUGCUUGCCUUCUGAUGUUAGGUAUGUCGAUAUAGCAGGAUUUUUGGUAGUGUGAGUGAAACACAAGUAUUSUUUUUCGAACCAACCUUUGUUGAAACAAGGUUGCGGCAGCUAUACGUAUGUCAGACAUUGGUUGUUUGUUCUUACGGUAUCUUGUGUUCUGUCCAUGGCCUGCGCGUGCGUGUUGCGGUGUGAUGCGAUGCGAUGCGAUGGGGCGUGCUGCGACGUUCCCAACUUUUUUUUAAAUGGCGCAGAGGAACCUUCCCGAUCGGGGUCUGCAAGUAUCUUUUUGCACCCGGAACCAACUGGAUCAAUCGCAUGACAUCGACCCACCACCUCUGGACGGUGAGUACGGCAUCUCGGGUGUUUUGUCUCGUCUUGUCUUGUUUUAUCUCCUCCUGUUUUCUUCUUCUCACCAAGGACCGCCCGCCCGCCCCGUCUCGGCGUUUUGGGCAUCCGGCGCACGAAUGAAAUGAAAUGAAACGAAAUCGCCGCCGGCAGAUCCCCCUGGUGCUGUGGGUCAGCGGAGGGGCCCUUCACCCGGUCGCCCUGCCGCUCUCGUUCUGCGUCGUCGGGACGAGCGCCCUCGUCUCCUUCUGCCUGACGCCMGUCGCGAUACGGGCUCCGCACGGCGACAGCGAUCCGGACAUCUACCUGAACGUCAACCUGUCGCACGAGAUGGUGAGUGGGCUCGGGUUUGGUGUGGUCUUGCUGGCCGCGGCUUGUUUCGCACCUCGUGGCGCUGCGGCAGAACCAACGAGCGAAUCUUUGGGAACAAUCGGCCGGCUCACACGCUUGUGUGUGUGUGUUUGGUGCGUUGUUUCUUUCUUUUUUUUCUUCUCUCGUUCCUCCAGUGGGCGGACGUUCAGUGGGAUAUCUUUCGCAUCGGGGAGGAAAGGAUUCCCUACCUCUUGCGGCUCGUGUGCUGGUGGUCCAUCACGAACGCAAUCGCCUUUGUGGUGCUCUUCGGAAUCUCCUGGCCGUUUGCGGGAGGGGCCGCCCCGAGCCUUUGCUGACGCGACAAAACAAAUGUGGAUGCGCAACACGAGUGCUGGUUUCCGGCCGAGCCGUACGAUGCCAACAGGUGCUACGACAAGUAUCACACACUUUUACUAGAUGGUUCGCUGCCGAAGCGUUCUUUGCACAAAGCGGCAAUGCAACGUAACGUAACAUAACGCAAUACAACACAAACACAAACACAAAACGAAACAAAACAAAACAGACGAUUGCAGAUUCGAUUCACUAGUUUUAUCUCCGUGCGUGCGUCAGUUGCUCUUGCUUCCGUCCGAUCGAAACCAAAAAACAGCAAUCCAAUCGUCGUGGCAACGAAUGAUCAUCCUUGUUGCUCCAAGGGAACAAGGCAAAUGCUGCAGAACCAAUCCGAUGGUUUGGGAUCAACCCUUCCGAAUUGGCGAUCGGUGUUCAGCAAAGGAACCUACGGACUCGAAUCUCUCCGACGCACGGGACAUUCCAUUGGCAGCGAGGGCAAUGGAAUGCGGUGGUGCGACGUUUGGGCCUACAUGAAAAAAAUACAAUGUUCGUGUGCUGUGUUGUGUUGUGUUGUUUGCGUUUUGCUGUGUUGUGUUGUGUGUCGGUGCUUUGCACCCUGCCGUGCUCGCUCUUCUCUUUUSCGCUGUGCUCUGUUCUGUUCAGUUCUGUUCUCGCUGUUCCUAGCAGCAGUUGGACCCCGCCUUCUUCUCGCCGUUCAGGUCGAUGCCGGUGGUUUCGCUGCUCCCGCCCCUGGCGUCGCGCUGGCGAAUGAGCUCUCCCGCCAUGGUCAGAAAGGCCUCCUCCACGUUCUUGGAGGACUUGGCGCUGGUCUCUAUAAAGGGAAUCCCGAGCUCGUCCGCGAAUUCCUUGGCCUGUGCCUCGGUGACGACCUUGUCGGCCGUCCGGUCGGACUUGUUUCCGACCAGGAGCUUGACGGUGCCCUCGGCGGCGUACCGGUUGACCUCCUUGAGCCAGUCGUUCACGUGGUCGAAGGACUCGGUGCUCGUYACGUCAAAGACCAUGAUGAUUCCGUCGGCCCCCCGGUAGUACGCGGAGGUGAUCGUGCGGAAGCGUUCCUGGCCCGCCGUGUCCCAGAUCUGCAGCUUGACGGUUUUGUUGUCGAUCUUCACGGUGCGGAACCGAAAGUCGACGCCGAUGGUCGAGAUGUAGGACUCGGUAAAGGCGUCGUCCUGCAAAAAUGCGAGGGGGAGGGAAGGAAAGGGAAGGCAAGGCAAGGGAAGGAGAGGCAAGGAGAGGAGGAAGACAGGGCCAGUUCAGCACGGGUUGUUUGCUUGCGAGCAAAGCAAAGCACAACACAAAGCAACACAACACAACACUCACCGCAAAUCGCAGAAGCAAGCACGAUUUCCCGACACCGCUGUCGCCGAUCAGCACCAGCUUGAAGAGAUAGUCGUAAUCUCUUUGUUUCGAGCUGGAUCCCGGUGCCAUGGUGGAUGGAUGGAUGGAUGGAUGGAUGCAAUUUCGGUUGUAAAGUUUGGGAACGGGGUGGGUCCUGCAAGGCUGGGACUUGUUUGGUAGCGGCGUUCGUCUGUUGCAACUCGAACUGUAGGUACUGUAGAUCGGAUCGCACCAACUUCCUAUGGGGUGCUUGUUGUUUGUUGGUCGAAUGAAUCUGGAUCGAUGCC